UGUGUUGACUUAACUGAUUGUCAGCUAAACAGCACUUCCUUUUGAUGCCCACGUCGUCGACAUUUUGGACGCACUGUUAGUGUAUACACACCACGUGUUACUACAUAUUAUUAUUAAGACCUAUUGGAUCAGUUUGAAAGACAAUGUCCAAACGUAAAGGAAAGCAGACCCAGGAGCAGCCGGUGCUGGCAUUGGGACCGCAGGCACUGGAGGGCGAAAAUGUCUUCGGCGUCGCCCAUAUCUAUGCCUCGUUUAACGAUACGUUCGUACACGUGACCGAUCUGUCCGGACGUGAAACCAUAACUCGCGUUACCGGUGGUAUGAAAGUGAAAGCCGACAGAGACGAGGCCAGUCCCUAUGCGGCUAUGUUGGCCGCCCAGGAUGUGGCCGAAAAGUGCAAGACUAUCGGCAUCAAUGCUCUGCACAUUAAGUUGAGGGCUACGGGAGGCACGAGAACCAAAACUCCCGGACCCGGAGCUCAAAGUGCAUUGAGAGCGUUGGCCCGAUCGGGUAUGAAAAUCGGACGUAUCGAGGACGUAACACCGAUUCCAUCGGACAGUACCCGAAGGAAGGGUGGCCGCAGAGGUAGACGAUUGUAAUCCCAAUACAYACACCGAGWGGACAGAUAGUAUUUCGGGAUAAAGAUCCCCCGAUGAAAUUAAUUUGAUUAAUAAAAUUGACUUUUUAAAUGAAAA